AUGGGACGCUCUCUCCGCCUCAACACCUACAUGCAGGCCCUCGACGAGGAGCUAGCAUUCAACGCGAACCCUUACGUGUCUUCAUACUACCCGAACACAUCCAAUCCCUUCCCGGAGGUGCCUUCUCCUAUCUUCAAUAGCAGUCCGGAAUCGACAUCCUCCUUCGAUUCCUUUGCGGAUGUUGUCUCGGCCACUACCGACUUCAACUCAUCCGUCCCGUCUACUGAACUCAUGCUAGGCCUCAUGACCCCUUCUGGUACUUCCCUGGCCUUGCCCCAGUUUGGCCACAUUGACAAUGACAACUUCGGCAUCCCAGUACACUUGACAUCACAUAGAUUGUCCUUCGUGCCACGCCAUUUCUUUCCCGUUGGUCCGUCUGACGGCCACAAUCAGGCUACCUACUCUUCAUGUUCCGGUAACACCUAUUCUGGCCACCACCGCAACGCGGCAGAUAACUACUACCACACGCCCUCAUCAGCAUCUUACACCUCCUCAGUGUCUUACACCUCUUCGACGUCCUAUACCUCUUCAGUAUCUUAUGGCUACCCGCCACUCCCAGAGUUCUCCUUGGUCCGAGUUCCAGUAUGGGGCUCAUCCCCUUCCCCAUCACAACAAGCAUGGGAUUCUGAGCAGGACAUGGAUGGAGAGCAUGAUGGCUCGGAGUCGGAAGAUGAAUAUGUACCAUCGCGUCCUUCGUGCGCAAAGCCAUCGCGUUGUUCGCGCGCAGAGCCAUCGCGUUGUUCGCCCAAACCAUCACGUCUUUCGCGCGCAAAGCCUUCGUGUCCGGCACAAGCUCGGCGCCAAACUGCGCGUACGCGUCGGUACGCGCCCUAUGCGCUCGCCGAGUCGUCAACGGUGCCAUCGUCGUCGUCGCAGUUCCGGCGCACCGCGUCACGGAAUGAACAGUUUGACGAGGCGGUACGUCCGCCGCCGGCGGGCACGACUGAGUGCGAGUACUGCGGGGCAUCCUACAAGCGGUGGUCUGACCUGAAUAGGCAUGUCCGGAGCCACAGCAAGAAGGCUCUCAGGAUACUCUGCGGCGGUCUGCCGAAGGCGGAAGCGAUCCGCGCCGGUGUCACUGUGGAGGCCAAGAUGCCGUUUGUGCAUGAGGGAGUGGAAUAUUAUGGCGGAUGCAUGACAGAGUUCACUCGUAAGGACUCGCUCUCCCGCCAUCUCCUGCGGUCGAGGCGCUGCGUCGGGAGCAUUACGAUUUACAAUCUGGAGCGCACCCGUAGAGUAGGCGACGAGGAGUGA